AAAAGUGCUGCUGAGGUAGCUCAUCAGUUGUGCUCAAUCAUAUAUAGACAUGGCUGCCCAAAACGAAUUUUAUCCGACCAAGGAAGGGAAUUUGUUAACGAGCUCAACUCAAGACUUUGCAGCUUAAUGAAAAUAGAUAGAAGUGUCACAGCAGCGUAUCACCCUCAGACAAAUGGCCUCGACGAAAAGACAAAUGACAACAUAAAAAGAGCCCUGAGAAAAUUAGUCAACAGUCAACAGAAUGACUGGGAUGUGUAUCUGGAUGCUACACUGUUUUCUUUGAGGUCCAAGGUCCACACCACAACCAAAUACACACCAUUCCGUUUAAUGUAUGGGAGAGAAGCUACGUAUCCUUCUGAAGUUCCUGUCGAAGUCCCAUCUUCAACUCAUAUUGGAUGUAAAGAAACAUGCAACAUGCACUGAGCUUGUGGAAGUCUGGAAAUGGAUCUGCCUUAAAGAGGCUAUGGGCUGCAAAGGAUACUGGGCGCUUGGAAUCAGUUGUUGGAUCAUACAAGUUAUUUGAUUCCUCUUUUCGAACACUGCAGGGGUCACGGUGGCUUUCUGAUGAGGUCAUUGAUGCAUACCUGCACCGUGUUAUUGAGAGACGAAAGAAUGCUGUACACCUGCUCUGUUCAGUAGUUGCAAGCUCGUUGUUUUCUGGGCAGUUCAGAUGCCUCACCAAGAUGAAGUUCCCAGUUGAAGACAUGUGGCUGUGCCCUGUGAACUUUGGUACACACUGGAUUCUUGUGAUUGUCAACAUUUCUGCACAGAAAAUACUGCUCAUAGACCCCAUGGGGAAUGAAGGUGUUUAUGACAGGAAAAUUCUGCGCAACUGGAGGAAUUUUCUGAGGAUGAGAGGGCAUGAAGACACCAUGGAGUGGCAGUUACACACUAUGCAACACAACAAGCAACAGGAUUCCAGCAGUUGCGGAGUUUUGCUGUUAAAGUUUGCAGAACAGUACCUUGCUUUUGGAGAGGUCAGUGAGGUGUUAACCACUACAGAAGCAGUUGUGCUGGAGCGAAUGCAGAUAGCUUGCACCCUACUUGAACAUCGAGGGAACGCUGAGGACUACUGCAUUGUUUGCUCUAUGUUAGAUGCUGAUGCUGACCGCAGCAUGAUUGAAAUGGUGCAGUGUGAAUCUUGCCAAAGAUGGGCACAUUUUGCAUGUGCAAAUUAUAAAGAGAGCAACCAAGAAUAUAAAUGCAAAAAUGUAAGGAAAAUACAUAACUUCAAAUAA